GCAGGGUAAGAUUGGUUGCUAAAGCUAAGCUAUCCGGUGUCAGUGCUGUUGCUAACUCAACCUCCUGCAAACUACCGUAUAGCUUGAUAUGACUAACAGCACGUAGCCGGCAUGCUAGCUUGUUGCAUACCAUGCCCAAGUCAAAUUACUUGCCCGGGUCAGCUAGCAAUUGUGUGAGGGACGUGGAAUAAUUGCCACUACCCGGUACCAGCAGCAGGGACGGGUGUUACCAAAGCCGCCUCCUCCUCCUGCUGCUAGCCGAAGUUCCUCAUCUGUGUGUGGAUGAGGUAGUCGGGUGUUUGAGCUAGCUCUAACACACACCGAGGCGGUGGAUACAUGUCUACCCCUCAACCACGAGACAAGACACGAAAGGGACAUUUUGCAGUUCAUGUUUCGCCAAGAAGUCAGUGUGACGUCUUUUAUUCCAUCUUGUUCGUAUCUUUUUCACUACGAGAAGAGGAAUAUGUCCAGAUAUAACAUAUACAGCCUGUUGGACUGGCUCUAUGGCGGGGUGGACCCGAAGUUUGAGGGCAACGGGGGCCCGGACUGUGCCGCCUUCCUCGCGCCCCAGCAGCGCAUCAGUGAAAGUCUGGUCAUCGUCCUCAUCUCUUUAAUAGAGGUGUGCGUGGCGCUAAAGAAAAUAAACCUGUCCAAAGAGCACCGAGUGGUGGGAAAAGACUGCGCGAAGGAGGACAGUCUGGUCAAGAACUUGUUGCUGGUGGCCCUUUGCAUGACUUUUGGAGUGGAGGUUGGGUUCAAAUUCGCGACCAAGACUGUGAUCUACCUGCUGAACCCCUGCCAUGUCAUGACCAUGGUUCAGAUCUUCCUGCUGGCCUGCCCGCCAUGUACAACAGCAAUGGUUGUAUUUAGGCUGCAUGUCCACAUGCUGAAUGGUGCACUACUGGCAUUAAUGUUCCCUGUAGUCAACACUAGACUGCUGCCGUUUGAGAAGGAGAUCUACUACAUCCAGCACUCCAUGCUGUACCUGGUGCCUCUAUACCUGUUCAGGAAAGGAGGUGUGUACAAGCCGGAGCCUCUGGGGGACAUGUGGUGGGCUCUGCUCUCCACCGGCCUCCUCUUCCUCUACCACUUCCUCUUCCUGCAGCUGCUCGGCCUGGCGACCGAGGUCAACCUGAACAACAUGCUGUGCCCGGCUGUGUCCGACCCCUUCUACGGCCCCUGGUACCGGGUCUGGGCCACGGGCCACCAGACCCUGCUGACCCUGGUUCACGGGAAGGUGCUGACCCUCCUCUCGCAGCACACUGGCUCCAUGAGCAGGUUUCUACUGGACACACUCCGACUGCGCAGCAAGAAAGUCGACUGAACGUCCCUUAGGAUUCACACAGACCCAGCCUUUCUCUCUAAUGUCUGCUCUUGUCACGGAGACUACUUCUUCUUUUUUUAUCAACAUUUUUAAUGCAUCUUUUUAGGACUUACCAAUGUUUUACUGAAGCAAGUGAGCAUUUCAGGGCCAGUGGAUCAAUGUGUCAUUAUUUUAGUGUGGUAGUUGUACUACAUUCAUUCAUUCAUACUUGCAUGCACAAACAUAAUAUGCAUUUUAGGGCUGGUAGUAAGCAUCAUGGAGUUUAUUUUUUUUUCUCGGGAAUACAAUUUUGGAAAGAAGAAUUUUUAAAGUAUAUUUCUCAAGCUGCCUUUUUUGUACGUUUUCAGGACAGGAAAUAAGUCACCAAUCUGCAGUUGUUACACUUUGAGUUCUUUACUAGUUUUGCUAUAUCAUACGUUGGUAAAGCUGCCUUUUUUUGUUAAGUCUCAAGUGUGUUCUGAAAAAGAUUGUGUAUGUGACACGUUGUAAAAGUGAAUGCUUGUUUAUAGUCGGAUGUCUGUUAUGUAUGAUGACCUCUGUGUUGUCAUGACUGAAAAUGUGUUCAUGUUGUCCCUCUGUUCCCACAUGUACAUUAUGAGUAGCCUCUUUUCUGCGUUACUGUCUCCAGCCCUCUCAGAUCAUUCCAGUUGUGAUAAUCAGGGGACACAAGGAUGUAUUACAUGCAAAAAAUAUGAAAGACGAUACAUGGAUAUACACAGGGGGGGGUUCCUACCUUCGCCAAGGAGGUCGGUUUUUUAUAUCAAACCAUAUUUGUUUGGGUAUGACCGUCACUGCAUCGUUGAUGUUUGCUGAGACGGAGAAGAUCUUGACAAAACACGCAUCUAUCCUGGAAUUGGACACUUGGAAAAAAUGUGUUGCUCAAUCUUUGAGUUUAUCUACAAGGCACCUGAAUUCACUCCCAGGCUCAGUUUAGUGCACAGGAAACGCAUCAUCAUUGGGUCCGCAUGAAGUCACUUUGGGUCAUUAAAUGACGAGCCAUUGGUGAGAAAGUAUUAACCAGCAUUGACCAUUCAGUAAUGGUUUAUAUCAUUUCAAGUGUUGAGAAUGAGUGUGUAUGUUACUGUAGCAUAUGAUACUAUACUUCACUGUAAAGAAGGGAUAAGACUUUUGUAUUUCUAUCAGUUUGAGUGUGUGUGUGAUGUACUGACAAUAAAAGUUAUUUCAGUUCUCA